GCGGGGCGGCUGGGGGAGUUUCUCCAGUUUGAAUGUCCCACUCAGAACUGCUGGAAAAUAAACAUAAUAGCUGGGAAUUUGUGUUUGUUGACAAAAAUGGAUUAUAGCAAGCAAAUCUCGCAUCACGUGACCAUCAGAGAAAGGAAGAAGAGACUUCACAGGGAAUCUCUCUGGCUGCAGGAUCCAGUGCUCCCUAAGGGACCAUCAACAAAGAAGCCGUGUCGAGAAUUUAAGAGGCCUUCUGACAGCAGAGGCAGGAGAUCUUCAGUGCGACACAUCAGAUCUGUCAGGGACAAAAAGCCAUUGGCUGCAAGCCAGGAGGAAAAUGUUGCUAGGCCUGCUGAGGGGAACUGGAGGAAAGCUGUUAGCCAGAGUUCAUCUGCUCAAGUUAAAGUGGCUUCAGUGGUCAAAACUACUGUAAAGAACGAUAAAGAACCUGCCACCAAAAAGAGGAGGAAAAUUCACCCGUCUGGUUUCAGAGGAAAAGGUCAGCUUAAACUGAUAGUCACUCCAGGUCGAGGGUGGCUUUAUAUUCAAGUUUUAGAGGCCAGAGGACUCAUGGGAAGAGAAUACAGACCAUGUGACUCAUAUGUAAAAAUAAGCAUCGCUCCGGAUGUUGACCACAGCAAGCGUUGGAAAACCAGGACUGUUCUGGACUGCAAGAGUCCUGUUUUCAACGAGGGCUUUAUGCUAGACGUGGAUGAAGAUGAUCAGAAGAAGAGGCUGUUGGUAACAGUGUGGAAUCGCGACCGUAAUUCCAGGCGCAGUGACUUCCUGGGCUGUAUGAGUUUCGGUGUCCACUCCCUCAUCACUUCAUCUAAGGAGAUCAGAGGUUGGUAUUAUCUCCUGGGUGAGGAGCUGGGCAGUAGCAAACAUCUGAAAGUGGCCUCACGUCGCAUCAGGCAGACCGCCGAAGCUGCUGCACCCAACUAUGAAGCUGGACCCGAGAGCAGCGGUCCUGAGAACAUGCAGUCAUUUACUGUGACCAUUUUGAGAGGAAAAGAUGGUUUUGGCUUCACCAUCUGCUCUGACUCUCCUGUGCGGGUCCAGGCUGUUGAUCCAGGUGGUCCAGCUCAUCAGGCGGGUUUACAGCAGCUGGACACGUUACUUCAGUUGAACGGCCAGCCGGUUGAACACUGGAAGUGUGUGGAUCUGGCUCAUGCCAUCAGGAACUGUCGUAAUGAGAUCACAGUGGUGGUGUGGAGGACCGUGCCUAUCAUGAAGCCUUACUACGAGGGCCUGAUCCACAGGCCUUCCUACAAGCCCUCCGGAUUCGAGUCUCUCUCUUCGACAGCAAAGACGCAAAACAAAACACCACCUUUACUCUCUCGGCCCACCAAUCACAAACAAAGCCGCCGUAAAAAAGGAAGCAGCUCUGAUAAUGCGGGAAGCGGCGUGGGAGAGUCGCUAUGGUCUUGGACUGGCAAGCGAGAAGAAAACGACUACAAAACACGCACCCAGACUCUCAAAGGUACCCGCGUGACAUCAUCAAACGGCGACAACUACAUCAUCCUCUCGCCUGUCAGCCCCGGAAACCAGAUAUUGCAGCCAGUGUAUUCUGACUCCAAUGGGACGCUGGGAACUCUAGGGAGAAUCUACCAGACCAGCAGAGGACUGCAGCAGAGCCCAGACUACCUUCAGGAUGGUGGUCUACAAGCCCAAGCCACCUUGUGUCGAUCUAUGAGCAGUAAAACCACCACCCUGCCGCCCUCCUCCUACCGACAGAGCUUUGCCAACUACCAGAACUGCACAAUCGUCCAGUCCCACCUGCCUCACUCCAACUAUGGCACAUACGUCAGUCUGGCCCCCAAGAUUCUUAUCUUCCCUGUUUUUGUACAGCCACUGGACCUGUGCAGCCCAGAGAGAGUCCUGAUGUUGUCGGAGGAAAUGAUCCUUCAUGACAGUAAACACAUUGCUCUUAAGGCCACAGUGUUUAUCUACACAGACCUGAUGCUGUUGACCAGGGAAGAUGAACCGGGACGCUGUAAUGUACUGCAGAGUCCACUCUACCUCCAUCAGAUACAGCUACAAGAUGUUCCUGCAGACAAGCUGCGGCUCUACAUAUCCUACUGGAUAGAGAGAACCGAGUGUCUGUUCAGCCUGGAAGCCUUUUCAUCGGAGCAGAAGAGGAGGGUCGUGCAGUGUCUGAGAGACAAUAUUGACAAGCAGCUCGCCCUGAGGGACAGAAUAGGCCCUGACCAGAUGCUGGAACCAAAGGCAGCAGAACAGGCUGAUCUGGGUCUCCUGGGCUUCAGUCCUCACAGUGUGUCCGAGCCGUGUUCCCCAUCAUGCCCUUCCGCAUCGCCCAUCCUGAGACGAACCAACUGCACCUCUCCAGCCCAGCGCCUGUCAUACCCAGACCUACCAGACACCAACCAAACCUCUCCAACCUCUCGAGAUGCCUGCAAACCUCCAUACGCUGACACUUCGGAGAUCUGGAAGAACAGGCAGAAAGAGGUCAAAGAGUCGGACCUGGAAAAAAGAGAACAAGGUGAAGGCGAAAGCGCUUCCGAAACCAUCAGCGUUGGCGCCAGACCCACCUCUUCCUCCUCAUCUUCAUCACCUCUAGUCAUUCCCAAGCUGUGCCUGGAUCGCUCCUUCAACACAGAUGCUUUGACCUCGCCAUCAACUGAUGAUGAUGAUGAGGAGGAGGAAGAAGACGAGGACGACAGCGAUGAAGGCUUUCUGAAGAGGAGGAGUAUGGUGGAAUCGUCCCCUUGUGGUGGGCAGCAGAGCGGGGGCUUGUGUGUGCAGAGAUCUCUCCACAGGCGGACACACAGCGAGGGCAGUUUGCUGCAGGAGCCUCGGUCUCCUCGCUUCAUCUCCGAUCAGGCCAUCGACUGCAUUGAAGCCAAGCGCGAGACUCCGGAGCGCUGGGCCGUUCCUUCCCCGCAGACCCUGAGGAAAGAGCUCACCAAGAACGGAGGAUCCGUCCACCAGAUCUGCCUGCUCUUUACUGGAAGGAGGGUUUGUGGCAAGCCGAACUGUAAAUGUGACAUGGGAAAAACUGGUGUCAAAAAGAAGAAGUCCAAGAAUUUGGCCAAAGACAUGAAAAACCGCCUGACGUUUCUGCGGAAGAAGACCAACGACAGACAUGGAAACAAUCCAGCCAGCAAGCUUGACAAAGUCCUUAAGUCAGACAAGCCCGCUCCGGAGGAAGCGCUCAAAUGGGCAGAGUCUCUCGACACGCUGCUUUCUCACAAAUAUGGCCUGGCGGUUUUCCGUUCCUUCCUACAAACAGAGUUCAGUGAGGAGAAUCUAGACUUCUGGCUGGCGUGUGAGGACUUCAAGAAGAUUAAAUCACUGUCUAAAAUGACCUCCAGAGCAAAGAAGAUAUUCACAGAGUACAUCUCUAUACAGUCCUGCAAAGAGGUUAAUCUGGACUCGUACACCAGAGAGCACAUCAAAGAGAACAUGGAGAACAUCUGCGCAGACUGCUUCGACCUGGCACAGAGCCGGAUCUUCGGACUCAUGGAAAGAGACUCGUACCCUCGCUUCCUCCGCUCUGACAUUUACAUGGAGUUAACCAAUCAAAAGAGACCCGGCUCCGCUGCAGACCCGUCCUAAAGCUGGAGAGACGCCCAAACACAUCAGUAUUGCUGGAGACACAGGUUUAGUAGAACGAAACGUGUCUGCGUUCACAUCAUCCAAUGUAUUGAACCGUCAGUCAGCCUAGCACCUUGGAGAGCUCAGCCCCGCUGAAUCAUGGGAAGGACUGAUUGUUUUUGGACGCUGAUGUGCUGCACCCUGUUGGACAGCAUUGAUAUAGCGAUGAAUGUGUUUUGAACAUGCUGGAAGUGUUGUGCUCAUGGUGUAGGAACAUAUGGAAGAUAAGAAAGCAUGCUGGGUAUUGAGGGAACAAAAAAAGAAAGGAGAGAGACUUUUGGUACAGUUUUAUUUAGCUUUAAUAGGAGACAACUUUCACUUUUUUUUCCUUUCCUGCACAGACCUUAAAAUACUCCAUUUACCCCAGUAAUACAUCAGUGAGGACCUGAGUAUUUCCCAGCGGGUACAUUGAUGUUAAAAUUACUUCAUAAAAACAUCAAAAAUGCUAAUCAAUUUGAUGUCAAAACCUUGACGUCUAUUUGACAUCCACAUAUUGAUGCCGUUUUGACCACCAAUAUAUUAUAAUCUAAAAAAAGUUUAAUUCAUCUAAAAGAUUCAAUUGCAAAUUAAAAAUGUAUACUGGAUUUUGUAUUCCUACAAUGCAUGUAAAUUAUACCUAGAUGUUAAAACAACAUCAAAUUGACAUCUAAAAUUGGUGUUAAAAACAUUAAACAUCGAUUUCAGGGCAGUUUUUCUUAUGUCGUUUCGACACGGCAAAAAAUUGAUUACAAGACUGUCCUGUAAUAAUUUUUUUAUAUCUGAAAGAUUCAAUUGCAAAUACCAAAUUUACACUGGAUUUUGUAUCCCUACAAUGCAUUAUUAAAUUAUACCUAGAUGUUAAAAUGACAUCAAAUUGACAUCUAAAAUUGGUGUCAAAAAACAUCAAAAAUGGAUUUCAGGGAAGUUUUUUAAUGUUUUUUCUUAACGUCAUUUCAAAACUGAUUACAAGACUGUCCUAUAAUACAUAUUUGAGAUAUAUAUUUCACUACCUAGAUGACAUAUGACAUCAAAUUGACAUCUAAAAUUGGUGUCAAAAAACAUCAUAAAUCAAUUUCAGGGCAGUUUUUUGAGUUUUUGUUUUUAUGUCAUUUCAAAACACGUCGAAAAUCAUUACAAGACUAUCCUGUAAUACAUUUGUGAGAUGAUUUUUUGACACCUGAAAGAUUCAAUUGAAAAUUACAAAUUUUCACUGGAUUUUGUAUCCCUACAAUGCAUGCAAAUUACCUAGAUGUUAAAACGACAUCUAAACUUGGUGUCAAAAUACAAUAAAAAUUGAUUUCAGGGCAGUUUAUGACUAUUUUUUUUAUGUUGUUUCGAAACACGUCAAACUAUUUAUUACAAGACUGUCCUGUAAUCAAUUUUUGACAUCUGAAAGAAUCAAUUGCAAAUAACAAAUUUACACCCAAUUUUUGUAUCCCUACAAUGCAUGUAAAUUACCUAAUGUAGAUGCCAAAACAACAUCAAAUUGACAUCUAACAUUGGUGUCAAAAAACAUCAAAAAUCCAUUUCAGGGCAGUUUAUGACGUGUGUUUUUUUUAACGUUGUUUCGAAACAUGUCAAAAAAUUGAUUACAAGACUGUCCUGUAAUAAAUUUUUGAAGUGAAUUUUUGACAUCUGUAAGAUUCAAUUGCAAAUUUACACUGGAUUUUACACUUGGACUACUAUGCAUGAUGUCAAAACGACAUCAAAUUGACGUCUAAAAUUGGUGUCAAAAGCAUCCUAAAUCGAUUUCAGGGCAGUUUUUUGAUGUUUUUCUUUUUUUAUGUUGUUUCAAAACUUUUCAGACUGUCCUGUAAUCGAUUUUUGACGUUUUUUUUUUUUUUACUGUCUAGUAAAUGACUGUCUUGUUUUUGAUCCCAAUGUUAUACAUCAAUCUGACGUUUCGACAUUAAGGUAGUCAAAUCAGUAUGCAUUAUUGACUGUUUUUAAUGUCGUUUUGACAGCAACGUGCCUGCUGGGUAAGGUUUGUUUUCAACCCAGGCUCAUUCCGAUAACGUAGUCCCAAGGACGUUUCUGGAGACUGUGAAAUAUGUCCUGGGAGGUACGUGUUUUUGCAGUUUUUGGUUUUUCGCGAAUCCGCGAGAGGCCGCUGUGUGCACCUUUUUGGCUUCUCGGACGUCUCCCGCGAGUGCCGUUCACGCCUGCGCUGUUCUCGUGUGAACCCACCAGAGGCCGCUGUCGAACGAACGUCUGUCUGUCUGUCCGACUGGCUAAAUGAUUGACUAGGCGACCGGCCAAUCGGCCGGCCGACCCACCCUCCUUCUUGCCCGAACCCAACCAAUUUUACCGAUUGACCCGCCCGCCCUAAACCCAACCAACGAUUUACAAAAGUCGUCCGGGAAAAAAAGCCCUCGUCCAAUUUUUUUUUUUUUUUUUUUUUUUUUUUACCACGUUUUUGGAUUUUACCACAUUCUCACCCUAUUAUGAACCUCUUCGCUUUAUUUCUUGGAUUCUGUUUUAGUCUUACCUGAUUUCUGGAACCACUCUUCCCCGGACUCGAACCCGCUCGUCGUCGUCAGCUCCUCUCUGCGUAUCGAGUCCGCCGACGUACAGGACGAGCUAACCGGACAAACUGGUUGCGGCGGGAAAGCCCUUCACACGAAGGUAAGCGGUCAACCGGUGAGCGCUAAAAGGAACGGCAUCAUACCGCCCCGCAGCGUUCGCUUAAAAAACGAAAUGCAGCCAUACGUACCUCCGGCUACAUAAUUCGCGGUCUCUAGAAACGUCCUCGGGACUACGUUUUCGGAAUGAGCCUGGGUUGUUUGUUUUUAUUAUCUAAGCUGCAGUUUGAAAAUGUUUAUAUUGUCUACAACUGAAACUCUUUACAGUCAGAACACUAAUUCUUCCUUUCAAGGGCUUUGGUAACAUUCCAUGUCAUUUUAAUGGCACUGUGACUUUAAUAAAGUGCAAUAUACAGUUAGUUAUUCUUAAUAAUAUUUCUUUAACAAAACAGCGUAUUAAAGGGGUCAGAUUUUAUAUAUACACAUAUACAUAUUGUACAAAUGCUCUCUAUGAUCAAAUUUCAGUCUGGUUGGGUGGUUCAAAUGAAAGAAAAUAUGAUUUUGUUGUAAAUAACGGAGGCUGAGAUGUAUUGACUAACAGUUAUUGUGAUGGUUAUUCUGUUUGUUGUUGUUAGUUAGUUGAUUAGAUGUUAAAGAAAAUCAGAAUAACAUGACUGAAAGACAGCUGAAUUUGUGUUUGACAGUGGCUUAACAUAGAGGAGUGUGAGUUGUAUAUAAACGUAUGCGUUAUGUGUUGAUUUAGCAUUAUUUAGCUGAUUGGGAAACUCAAGUUUGGCAAAUGCAGUGUCUGUUUCCUUUUGCCUUCAUCCUAACAAUAGAGCUUUCCUUCUGUAAUAAUAAUGAUUUCCUGUAUUUAUUUGUGGGUUCAUAUUUCACUCACUGCUGCCUUUAUGUAACAUAUUCUCAUCAAAUAAAAUUAAAUUCAAGUA